UCCACCCCAUCGCGCAGAGGAGGCCUGGCCGCUUUAAGAGCGCGCUGGGCGAUUGACAGCAAUAAACGCAGAGAGCCUGGCUGCGCGGGAGCUGCAGGAGCUGGGGGCUCCCCGGGGCGCAGGUAGGAGCCCCCCAGCCUCUGUGCCGGCACCCACCGUAGGGCCCCUAUCUUCUUGGCGUCCUGGCGCUCGGACACCUAUUCUCUAGGUCCGGUUUUCUGGGGCUCCCUCCCCACCUCUCCCCCUCGCGCUCCCCAGCCUGCUUUCGCGCCCCUUCCCCCGAGAGCGCCCCAGCCAGGAGCGUCUGGACGCAGUCUCCGCCCGCGGGUGAGGGCUCCGGGGUGACAUCAGGCGCAGACGCUGAGCUGAGCGGGGGACCGGUGCCCGCUCGACCUCUCCGCUGGCUGCGCGGAUCCCGGGACUUCGGAGCAUUACGUCCCGGCUGGCGGACGAUCUAGGAGCUGCUCCGGUGGCUCGAAACACGCCCCCCGCCCCAGGUCCUAGCGCCCCGCGCGUUGGGCUGAGCGGAUGAGGAGGGACACGUCGAUUGUCUGUGGGCGCGGGCCCCCAACCACUGCCCCUGUCUGCCCCUCCCCACGACCUGUGGGUCCCCAAAUUGCCUUUGCCUGACCUUUUCCCUCUGCACGUCUUUGUCAGUAUAUUGAUGGAGAGAGCCAAAAGGAAGGAAAGCCGGCAGUCCCACCUUUACUGCUACCUGAGCUUAGGAAAGACACUGCAGAGCCCUUUUGGAUCUCACCAUGCCAGUGGCUGCCACCAACUCGGAGUCUGCCAUGCAGCAAGUUCUGGACAACCUGGGUUCCCUCCCCAAUGCCACAGGGGCUGCGGAACUGGACCUGAUCUUCCUUCGAGGCAUUAUGGAAAGUCCCAUAGUAAGAUCCCUGGCCAAGGCCCAUGAGAGGUUGGAGGAGACGAAACUGGAGGCUGUGCGGGACAACAACCUGGAGCUGGUGCAGGAGAUCCUGCGGGACCUGGCGCAGCUGGCUGAGCAGAGCAGCACCGCGGCCGAGCUGGCUCGUAUCCUCCAGGAACCCCACUUCCAGUCCCUCCUGGAGACACAUGACUCUGUGGCCUCGAAGACCUAUGAGACACCUCCCCCAAGCCCUGGCCUGGACCCCACAUUCAGCAACCAGCCAGUGCCUCCUGAUGCAGUGCGCAUGGUGGGCAUCCGCAAGACUGCUGGAGAGCACCUGGGUGUGACAUUCCGAGUAGAGGGUGGGGAGCUGGUGAUCGCACGCAUCCUGCAUGGGGGCAUGGUGGCCCAGCAAGGCCUGCUGCACGUGGGCGACAUCAUCAAAGAGGUGAACGGGCAGCCGGUGGGCAGCGACCCCCGUGCGCUGCAGGAGCUUCUGCGCAGUGCCAGCGGCAGCGUCAUCCUCAAGAUCCUGCCCAGCUACCAGGAGCCCCACCUGCCCCGCCAGGUAUUUGUGAAAUGCCACUUUGACUAUGACCCAGCCCGAGACAGCCUCAUCCCAUGCAAGGAGGCAGGUCUGCGCUUCAAUGCCGGGGAUUUACUACAGAUCGUGAACCAGGAUGAUGCCAACUGGUGGCAGGCAUGCCAUGUGGAAGGGGGCAGCGCUGGCCUCAUCCCCAGCCAGCUGCUGGAGGAGAAGCGGAAAGCCUUUGUCAAGCGUGACCUGGAGCUGACACCCAACACAGGGACCCUCUGUGGCAGCCUUUCAGGAAAGAAAAAGAAGCGCAUGAUGUAUCUGACCACUAAGAAUGCAGAGUUUGACCGCCACGAAUUGCUCAUCUAUGAGGAGGUGGCCCGCAUGCCCCCCUUCGGCCGGAAAACCCUGGUGCUGAUUGGGGCUCAGGGUGUGGGCCGGCGCAGCCUGAAGAACAAGCUCAUCAUGUGGAAUCCAGAUCGUUAUGGCACCACGGUACCCUACACCUCUCGGCGGCCCAAGGACUCAGAGAGGGAAGGCCAGGGGUACAGCUUUGUGUCCCGCUCCGAGAUGGAGGCUGACAUUCGUGCUGGGUGCUACCUGGAACAUGGCGAGUAUGAGGGCAACCUGUACGGCACCCGCAUUGAUUCUAUCCGGGGAGUGGUUGCAGCUGGCAAGGUGUGCGUACUGGACGUCAACCCCCAGGCAGUAAAGGUGCUGAGAACGGCCGAGUUUGUCCCUUAUGUGGUGUUCAUCGAGGCCCCUGACUAUGAGACCCUGCGGGCCAUGAACCGGGCUGCCCUGGAGAGUGGGGUGUCCACCAAGCAGCUCACGGAGGCAGACCUGAGGCGGACCGUGGAGGAGAGCAGCCGCAUCCAGAGGGGCUACGAGCACUACUUUGACCUCAGCCUAGUCAACAGCAACUUGGAGAGGACCUUCCGGGAGCUGCAGGCCGCCAUGGAGAAGCUGCGAACAGAGCCCCAGUGGGUGCCUGUCAGCUGGGUGUACUGAACCUGCUUACCCACCCUGACCCCACCCCCUUUGGGCUGUGACCUAGAACCCUAGUCUGUCCCCUGCCCUCAUGGUGCCCCCAGCCACCCUCCUCAGCUCCCGUCCCUGGCACUCCAGUGCUCCCUGGUAAUGGCUGCUCCCAGGCCUGAUGCUGGCUCAAAGUAGGAAGCAUGCACUGCCAGGGAGUUGGGGGCUCAUGGGGCACCUCUGUGCCCAGGUGCUGCCAAUUCUCUGUGACACCAAGAGGUCACAGCCAGCUGUCUAGACUGUGGCACAGGACUCUGUGUCAGAAUCACCUCCCUACAGCUCAGUUCAGAGAAGUGAGUAACUGCUAAGGAAUAUGGGGGGGGGGUCACUGUCCCCCGUCUCUCUGCAGCUACCUUCCCUCCUCUGCACCAGCUGUACCCACCCUGUGCCGGGGCUCCCUGACCUCUGUCCUCUGUGUGGGCCUUUGGCUGUUUCCAUGUAACUGAGGGAGCAUAUGGUCCCCAGCAGCCAGGCCAGCCCUAUGGUGGUGCCAGCCUGGUACCACUGCAUUCUCUGGUUGUCUCAGUUGGGGGGGCGGUGCUUCUUUCUGCUCCCUCAGAAUGGGAUGGGGUCCCUUGGGUGGACACUUCCCUGUUGUCCCCCCUCCACACACACACACACAGCUUCUCACUGCCGAAGUCUCCCCACAGACUUCCCCGAUGCUUCCUAACUGCCUGUUCUGCCCUUGGCAGGGGACCCUGAGCUCAGUCCAGGUAGGGGUGGGCCAGAAGUUGAACCCUGCAACCAGGAGCUUCCUACUAUUGACCAAAAGGCUCCAGUGAUGGGAACACAUUUGGGUUCCCUAUCCCUGACACUGUCCCCUUUGGUCUGCUUUCUAGCUGAAUCCAGUCAGCUUGCUGGCAUCAGAACUUCCCUGGGGAGUGGGGGGCUGUGGGGUGCAGAGGGCACUUUGUGAGUUGUGGCAGAUGGAGUAUGGGCUUGGAGGUUUGCUCUUUAGCAGGCUCCUUGUUGCAGCCUUCCAGGGGCUCCAUCACUGCUGGAGCCUGCAGCUUCCUGGCAUACACGGUGCCUGGCCCCACCUCUGCCUCUAGCAUGUGUGUCAGAAUUGGUUUGGGGGGAAGGGAAGCCAAGGGAUAAUUUGCUCUGAGGGUUACUUUUUAAGGGCCCUAUUUUGGUCCACAUUAGACGAUUCUAAGAGUCUUGACCAGCCCUUCCAAUUUUCCAAUUGUCUCCUUGCUCUAAAGGCCACCCUCCAGCCCUCAAGGAAGAAUCCCUUUUCGGGAGAGAAUGCUAUACUAGACUUCCCCAGUCAUCUCCCUAUCUCCCACUUAUCCUUCUUUGUGAUCCUUUCUGGGGUGAGCUGGUCCUUGCAGGUGCGUCCCCCCGUGUCCCUCCGUCAUGCUCCCCAGUUCUCCUAAGUGUCUAGUGUGUCUUCGCUGAAGUGUCAGCCCUGGCUGGCCCCUCAACCACUGUGUGCCCAUUUCCUAGGGAAGGGGAGGGAGAAGAAACAGAAUAUUUAUUACAAAGUUAGAAAAAUAUAUUUAUUAUAGUAGGGAACCUUGUUUGCAUUUGCAUAUGAUAUGCAAAUGAGACACAAAGGUCAAGCCUGCUCCCACCUCAUCUGCAUAGAGCUGCUACCACUAUGCAGCCUUCUUUAUACUCUUUUCCCAUUUCGUCUGUCUUCUUUUUAUCUUCAACUCCGCUCUCCCUUACAUCACUCUCAUUCUCAGAGGGGCCUGGGAGCAGGGAAGUAACAGGGUGUGUUCUCCCUCACCUGGGAGAGUAGGAGCAGCCUCCCCUCACACCUAUCCACCUCGAGACCACCCUCUCUGCUGGGACAGGGUGUGCUGGGCACCAUGGUAGGGAGCUGGCCCCUUAGGACCAAUCUCCGAUGUUGAUGGUUGUUCUGGCAUCUUCUCCUCUAGUGGUGGGGAUGGGGCAGGGUUCCCAGGCCCUCCUCUCCCUCUCUGAGCAGUGUUCCGCCUCCCUUGCCUGAGCCCUGGAGUUGGGUCAGAGCAGGUGUAUGUGUCAGCCCACUUCUUCAUUCUCCUUCUCCCACUGUGACUCCCUUCCCCCAUUGUGGACAUUUGUAUCUGAGGGGUUUGGGGGUCAUGAGGACUCUGUCCCAUACUGUCCACACUCAGUCCUAACCUAGUUGACCUCCCUUACCCCAACCAUUCAGUUCUUCAGCUUCCUCUCCCACUGGUUUUCUUUUCCCCCUGGAAUUAAAUAUGAAAGCAGAGA